UCACAGGUGUAUGAGCUCCUGAGCUCCGCUGGGCUGGAGAACUCUCCGACUCUCCGCUGAAAGGGCCACCGGGAGGAGAGCCACGGCCAUGGCCGACCCGGCCGAGCCCAAAGCCGGUCAGCGGGCGCCGGUCCGCGUAGGAUUUUAUGAUAUAGAGCGGACUCUGGGCAAAGGAAACUUCGCCGUGGUGAAACUGGCCAAGCACCGGAUCACCAAGUCUGAGGUGGCCAUAAAGAUCAUUGACAAGACCCAGCUCGAUGCUGCCAACUUGGAAAAGAUCUACAGGGAGGUGGAGAUCAUGAAGCUUCUGGACCAUCCCCACAUUAUCAAGCUGUACCAGGUUAUGGAGACAAAGAACAUGCUCUACUUGGUCACAGAGUAUGCCAAAAAUGGAGAGAUCUUUGACUACCUGGCCAGUCGUGGGCGGCUGAGUGAGGCGGACGCUCGCCGGAAGUUCUGGCAAAUCCUCUCGGCCGUGGAGUACUGCCACGAGCGCGGCAUCGUCCACAGAGACUUGAAGGCUGAGAACCUACUGCUGGACGCCCACAUGAACAUCAAGAUUGCAGACUUCGGCUUUGGAAACUUCUUCCGCCCAGGGGAGCCCCUGGCCACGUGGUGCGGCAGCCCCCCUUACGCUGCCCCAGAGGUGUUUGAAGGACAGCAGUAUGAAGGUCCACAGCUGGAUAUUUGGAGCAUGGGGGUGGUCUUGUACGUGCUGGUGUGCGGAGCUCUUCCGUUCGAUGGUCCCAGCCUGCCGGUUCUGAGACAGAGGGUGCUGGAGGGCCGUUUCCGCAUCCCCUACUUCAUGACUGAGGAUUGUGAGCACCUGAUCCGGAGGAUGCUGGUGCUGGACCCAGCCAAGCGCUUGUCCCUGAGUCAGAUCCGCGAGCACCGCUGGAUGGUGCAGGAGAUGCCGUCUCAGAGGCCUGUGCUGUACCGGCAGGGCGUGGCCACAGACAGUAAGGCGGGCCUGGGAGAACACAGCGAGCAGGUGCUCCGCCUCAUGCACAGCCUUGGCAUCGAUCAGCACAAGACUAUAGAGUCUCUCCAGAACAAAAGCUACAACCAUUUUGCUGCUAUCUACUACCUGCUGGUGGAGCGACUGAAGGCGCACCGGAGCAGCUUCCCCGUCGAGCAGCGUCUCAACGCCACCCAGCGCCGUCCUAGUACUGUCGCCGAGCAGACUGUCGUCAAGGCUCAGGUUGGUCUUGCUUCUCAGGCUUCACGGCACCUGCGCUCCCCUGUCCUCCUGCAGACAUCCACUGAGACCUUCAGCUUCCCACAGUGCCCUGCUUCCCCUGACCAGGCCCUCAUGGAGGAGGAGGUGGCCACUCCAAAGGUGGACGGCUGCCUUUUAGACCCUCUGCCCCCAGUUGUGGUCCGGAAAGCCAGCGGCUCGCUGCCUGGAAACGUCCUGGAGACGUCUAUUGACGAAGGUAUCGAAGCUGAGGAAGAUCAGACUCCGCCCCCUGCCACCUUCCAGGCUGCCCGCUUCAGCCAGCGCAGGCACACACUGUCUGAGGUCACGAACCACCCGGGAGCACUGCCCACCACAGGCAAACUCCUGUCUAUGGGCCUGAACCCGUCUCUUGGCAGUAUGGAUUCAGAGUACGAUAUGGGCUCAACACACAGUGACCUCAGCCUGCCUGAAGACGCUCUGCCUCUUAGAGCCACACUGGCUGCUACACCCACUAGUCAAGCAGACCCCUCCUUCCUCCGCAUGAAGCCUGUUAACCCCACCCUGCAGGCCCUAAGCUCAGAGGGACGGGACACGCACAACCAUUCACCAACCAACUUCCGGGAAGGACGCAGAGCUUCCGACACUUCUCUCACGCAAGGUCUGGUAGCUUUCCGGCAGCACCUCCAGAAUCUGGCCAGGACUAAGGGUAUUUUGGAGCUCAACAAAGCCCAAAUGGUGCUUGGUUCUGGAGUUGGAGAUUCCAGCUUUCAACCUAAACCCCUGGAGACUCAGCACCAGGGUGACGGACAUCAGUCUCACAGCGGAAAGGACAUGACUGCGUUCUCUCCUAAAAUGCAUCCUUACCUGCUGUCCAGAAGACAGUCUCUAGAAACCCAGUACCUCGCUCAAAGGCUGCAGAGGACCAGUCAGCUGGCCAGCGGUCCUGGCAGUGGCCAGAUGUUCUGUAAGGAGCCUGGACCUCGAACACUGGAGCAACAACUGCAGGAACACAGGCUCCAGCAGAAGAGGCUACAUCUCCAGAAGCAGUCACAGCUUCAGGCGUAUUUCCAUCAGAUGCAGCUGGCUGAGGACCAGUACCCGCCAACGCAGGAGUGCUUAGACCCCCAGCACGCCCUCCCGCUGUCUAGUCCACCCUUCUCCAGGACCCAGCCCCUCACGCCACUCCUGGAACCGGGCACCACUGCACUCCCCUACAGCCCAGACCUGCUCUUCCCCUCCGCAGCCUCUCCCUCGGACUGCCCCACGUUCAGCCGCUCCGCAUACACCCCGUCCACCCCCACCGAGCCCCUGUACGCCUGGAGCCCAACACUGCCCUCCUCGCUCCCUCCCAGCCAGGGCGAGACCAGAGCAGCACAGCCUGCCCCAGAGACUCCCUACAUGGACUGCGAGAUGAUGGAGACGGUGGAGGCUCAGCAGGGCUGCGUGCUGGUGAACUAAAGCGCUGAUAUAGUGGUCACCAGUAACUCUCCUCCCAGCACGGUUUCACCUCCAACCCAAACUGAACACACCUGAUUCAGCUGAACAAACCACUGGCAAUUAAUAACUAUUUAAUAUCACUAUUGGGAUGGUCCAUUAUAGACGCCUCAUAGAUGCUCACCUACCAUUCAACUAACCUUCUAUAAAAUAACUGAUCAGUGACACAGGGUCACAAAUUACUCGAUUUAUAGCUGUGGGAAAACGCAGAUUCACCUGGCAGCUCUCCAGACUUAAAAUUUUAAAAUGUUGAAAAAAAAUUUAAAAGGUUUAAAAAUAAAUAAAUAAAUAAUAUUUAGCUAAAAACAGCAAAAAAGUAGUACCCUGAUGUGAUAAUUAGGGAUGGGUUAUAUGGUACGAAAUUUCAGGGUAUAAUAUCGUUCACAACAUUGCCGAUAUUAUUACGUAUGAUACUAAAUGGCACAACCCUAUUGGAUAACUCUAGCCAGAUGCUGCCGGUCACGAUCAUUACCACCCACUGUGCUGCUGUCUACUGUGUGUGGUAAUGCCUUCUAACACAUAGUUGAGGAAUGGAUAUCAUCUAACGUCAAUCCCGUCCAUCCAACACCAUGAUUUAAACUUUUCUUUGUUUAAAUUCAGAAGUAGUUCUGCAGUUAAUUUUUUUCUCAAUUCUGAUUCUGGAGACUCCCUGUCCUGUACAUUUUAUUACUUUCCCUGCCUCUAACACACCUGAUUUACAAGCUCAUCGACAAGCUGUUUUGGAGUAGCUGGGUUGUGCUAAAGCAGGACAUUCACUAAAAUGUGCAGGGCAGGGCACCGCUCUAGAAUAUGCCUACUUGCUAUGGUUAUUGUUGUUGUUUAGUAUACAGUUGGUGCACAGCAAAUAAUCAGCUGGAUCAGGAGGUGUGGGGGAUUAAGGUCACAGCCAGACCUUGAGGGCUGUAGAAUUCCAGGAGCAGAGCUGGUGACCACUGCUGUACUGGUUUAAAUGGGGGCACACUGGGGCUGGAUCUCAGGAUAACUAACUUAAGGGGGGCCACGUGAGUUCGGAGAGCCCUCAGGGACAAAUAAGACGCCGUGUUGUUAAUAAUGUCUAAUCGUAUUGACCCCGUAGACAACCUCCCUCUCAACAACCCCCCCCCCCCCCCCAAACAACCCAAUCCCAGGGUAUAAAUGAUUUAUUUUGUCUGUUGUUUGUAAGACCUGUAGUCUUAAAAAAAAAAAAAGUAAUUAGUUCAAGAAGCACAAAUGGAAUCAGAAAGCACAGAACAGUUACGUAUAGUAGAUUUUUUUUGCAUCAGUAUUAAAGCAAUAUGUUCUCCUUGAAAUGUUCUGUAACUUUGAUAGUUUUUUACUACUUUUUUUUUUUAAUCCUGAAGCUGCUGAGUCAGUGAAUCAUCUUUCAUUGUUGUCUUUUUGUCAUUUUGUUCAUCCAAUUACUUUUUUUUUUUAAGAAUAUAACUGUAAAUAUCGAUACCUUUCUUGGUAAGGUACUUUUAAACACUGUUUAUAUCUGGUCAUGCAUCUUGAGUAUCAGGAUUAUAUCUAGUUAAGACCAAACCACAUAAAAAAAACAAAUGUGAACGCACCCAAAAACACAUUAUUUAAAACUCCAUCUCUAAGGUUACGUCACAUGCGUUUCUGUGUAUUUGAGUUGCUGUGAUGAUGUCAGAGAUUUAACUUUAGAUUUAACUUUAGAUUUAACUUUAGAUUUAACGAGGCUGCUGUUGGUUGUGGUGCGAGUGAUGCACUGAAGAUGCAGUGAAAUCUGAUUUGAGUCGGAUUUGAGUAUCCAGACUGAGACUCAUCAGUACAAAUAUAGCCCUAUCCGGACAGGAUUAGUAUCUCAAGGGGUCCUGGGGACAUUUUCUCUGUGAUUUUAUUCCUGUCCUCUGAGAAAAUUACAGGCUGAAUUAUCUACUGUUUUUCGCUGAACUCUGUGGUCCUCUGGUAAUUUUACUCUCGUCUGGAUGCACACCUCUUUAGUUUCUUCACCUCACGUUUAAUAAAAUAGCUAUUUGUCCACUGCCAGACACUGUAUUUACACAUUGGGCGCGCGUUUCCAUAGAGUUCCACGUACACACAACAGCGAGUGGAAAUGGAGAAGCUACUGAACGCAAUGUCAUGUGAUCAAAAAAGCCUAAAAAAUCACUGGUCCUCCUGUUUUUUCAAUUGCAGUCCGGAUGCAAGAGAUUUAUCACUGAGUAGAAGUGUGAAAUAUUUUUCACAGACGUCCCCCUGAGAAACUAAACCCGUCCGGAUAGAGCUUAUGAGUGUAAUCCCAGUGCAUUUCAAACCAAAUCCAACCAAAUCAUGUGGUUUCUGGUUGUUCAGAUGAUCGAAAAUUAUUCUGAUUAAAAUCUCCAUGUGCUAGAAAUUUGAUUUGCGCCAGCAGUCUGAGCUGUGUAACCAAAUCUUGAUCAAGUUGCAUGGAAUGACCAGGUGUAAACAGAGUCUUAGACAGAUGGAAAUGGUAAACAGUAAGAAAUAUAUACGUAGAUCCUCCCAUUCAGUUUCCCUCUUUAGCGCAACUCUUAGGUUGCAGUUCCGCCAUUUUACUUUUUGCGCUCGGCUCAUUUACGAAUCGACAAAGCAACCACUCGGGUUUUGUAAUCGCUCCUCGUGAGCAGCAAGGAGCUGUACAAGGCUCUUGCACAAUGGCUGCUAGAUGCACUCUUGUAACCGUUUCUCCUGAAACAUUUUUAGUGUUUUAGUGACGUGCCUUUCUCCUCCUUUCUUUUCUGUUCUUUUUAAGAAUGUAUGUCGUAACGGAGUCCUGCGAAAUUUCCUGUUGGGGAAUAGUGUUAAGUGACCUCUUUAUGGAACCAAAGCCCCUCCGACGAUGCCCUCCUUCCAACUCCACUAUGUGGCUUUAGAGGGAUCAGAUCAAGCUACGCGAUACGGAUACGGUCCGACAAUAUUAUUAUACGCCGUCCAGAAGUAUAAUAGCAAUAUCUGAGGCUACAGUAAUAGUCCUGACGCCUAGAACUGGCGUCGGUAGUGAAUGUGUUUACUUUGUCUGUGCCAUUUCAUGCCUUUCAGGAAAAAAAUAACUCAUCAUGACUUGUUCUAGAGUUUGUAGUCAAGCUUUUGUUGGCUAUACUUUGUUGGUAUUAAACCUGAGAAAUUGCAUUAAAAAAAGACUGUUCUGUUU